GUACCGUUGGUGCGUUGCAUCCGUUGACCGAAAGGUGCAUGAGACCACCUUCGUCAGUUGUCAAAGAUCCGAAACCUUUGAUGGUUUAUUACGCACAUGUAGGACCACACACACACACGUUCGAUAGGCUCGCUGUACAUGAUGUGAACGGAAUUUUGUGCGUCCCGAAAACAAAACGUGGCCAAUCUUAUUGA